GCGUCAGGCCGGGCCGCAGCCACCGCACGGCGCCGGGAAUGCUGCGCGCCCCAGUCAUCCCUAAGAAUAAACCUCCGGGCAGCGGCGGCCCGCGUCAACCUGCAUCAUCCCGGCUCUGCUUCGGGAAAAUGACCCGGCUCGUGACUUCGUGGUGAUGCUCUAUAUAAGCGCAGGGGAUAACAGCGGCAGAGGGCACAGGCGGAGCGGCUCGGAGCAGGGGAGCUACCGCGGGAAGGCCACCGCCGAGGCAGCGCUGCCGCCAUGUCGCAGCCGGCGCCCGUGAAAAAGAAGCGUCCGCCAGUGAAGGAAGAAGAUCUCAAAGGAGCCAGAGGAAACCUUUCCAAAAACCAGGAAAUUAAAUCCAAAACCUACCAAGUCAUGAAGCAGUGCGAACAAAUGGGCUCUGCAGCACCUUCCAUAUUCAGCCGAGAUCGGACAGGGGAUGAAACAGUCUUUGCGAAGCCUAAAGAAGGGCCGGCCAAGAGCGUCUUUGGCUGACAGCUGAGCUGGACGUGCAUCACUUAUGUAACUGUUGUAACAUUUUCCCAAAUUGCUGUUCCUUACGUUAAACUCACUGCAGAGCUAAAUAGUUAACUUAAUUUCUACUGUAAGUCAUUAAAUAGGGAAAGGACUCAUGUCUAAGGGUAAAACGUCCUUUUUAAUUUUUAUUAUGUUUUCUAUGUGUUGGAUGGUGUUUGCUAUGAUGGUUUAAUAAAAAAAAAAUUGGACACAGCUUGGCACACAGUAAUGACCAAUUUCAGCUUAUGCUUUAAUGAAUUCUGUGGAUUUUUCAGCAUUGCAAGCUAUGAUCUAGUCUAACCAUCACAUGUAAAGAAUAAAUAUUCAAAUGACA